AUGUUUUGUUGUUUGCGUUUUAAAGCAGUGAACACAGCAGUCGUUUCAACGGCUUUAUCAUCCCAUAAAUUGUUGCGCACAGCGGGGGAGGAAAAUAGCAAAGAAAGAAAAAAGGAAAUUCCUUUCGCUUGCAAGGAAUUAGAGACAAAAUCCGGCAGAAAAGAUAACUUUGGGGGUACUUUAAUUGCGGUGAAGAACAUGUAG